UCGAUUUUAACAUACGAUGCACACUGAUGCGCUCCACUAAUACAGACACGGACGAGACGUCGUGGUGUUUGUUGGACAAUUCGGCGCCGCGGGGCCCGCCCGAUGUGCCACCCCGUAAUCCUACAAUGAGUCGCGUCAACGGAAGAUUGCCAGGAAGUCACGCAGCCAGCGAUCACGAGCGUGAUCCCGACCUCCAGCCGGCCUGCCUCGUACGCAACUCAUCCGGUGGCUUCUACAGUAUGCCAAAGAUACCGAAGAAUGAGUACAACAACAAGAAUCAGUCCACGGGGAAUAGUCCAAUAAAGGUCGAGCUGCAGAACAACAUGGACAGGGUACCUUUGCCGUACGGCCACGCGCCCUCAAUGAUCCCAAUGAGGAGACAAAGCAUUCGUUGCCAUUUUGUCAAAGGGGUCGACUGGUGCAGCUGGAAAUUAAUUGCGAUGAUACUGCUUAUGGUCUCGUUGUGCAUAACGGCAGCGCUGGCCUAUGUCGUAGUUUCCAGCAUAGUGAAUCGGUCCUACCAGGGCACGAAAGCGUGCACGGUACUGGUCGGCGAGAACGUGGACACGAAACCGUUGUCGUCAGAAGGGAACAAGACCUCUUCAUCGGCGGUCGCGUCGUCGUCGCAGUCGAGCGGCCGAACACGGCAACAGACGUCGUCAGGAGGUAGUAUUAACCCGUCGGCUAGCAUGUUAGAGCACGCGUACAUCCGUAAGCGUAGGGACACGUUUAACCAGCAUGUGUUGCACCAAACUGUCGCAUCCCGUGAACGCACCGACGAGCUGCACUCGUCGACUGUGACAAACGAAGCUGCGUCACGGUCCGGGCAGCGAUCGGUCCAGUUCAACGAGGAUCGUCCACGUGGUGUGGUUGUUGUGCAUGAAACGGAGCAUGCGGAUGAUCCUCGGCCGAAAGUGAACGCCGGACGUGCAGACGACCUGCUCGAGGACGUGCUCGAGUCUUCGUGGUCGUCUUCGUCUUCAACGGGACCGACGACGACUCCCACGGGGGCGUUGCUUCGCGUGAAUGUCUCUGACUCUUCGACUACUACUACUAACUAUUCGCACGAUCGUCACGAUACCACUGUCGCUGCUGACGACCUCGCCACCCAGUCCUCUGUCUCUGUUGCCUCUGUUGACCCUGCUGCUAGCGAUCGUUCGUACGCCUCUUCUUCGUUCUCCUCUUCCACUUCAUCUAACGAACCGGCAGACCAGCCUUCAGAGAGUCGAGCCAAGGACGUUGACACGGAGUCCGCGUUAGACGACCGGGAUUCGAUCGCCGUGGCCACUACCGAGCCGAUUAUCGCGGGGAAUCGCGUCUCGAUCGUCGAGUUUACCGAGCUCGUUCACUUGUCGAGUACGGACAAUGCUAACGCUGGAACUACCGAAACUUGGAGCGUCCCUGGGGCUUACGCUAGUUCGCAAGCAGCGAUUUCGGUAGACGUAGAAUCGAAGAAGUUCCGGGAGAACGUCCGUGAGGAAGUCGAAUCGAUCACCGUGAGAGAUUCAUCGUACGAUGGGAGUAGUACUAGUAGUAGCGUAGAGCUCGCACCAGAAGAAGUAGAGUCGAGGUUAGAGGAAAACGUAGAAAGGAACGUAGAGUUGUUAGAGAACAGCGAGUACACGAGUAGCACGACUUUCUCCGGGAAUACCACCGGGUAUGACGGUCCUGUCGUGAAUUUCACCGAUUCGUCGAACGUAAGUACCACCAUUAGCUCGACCAAGAGCAACGUCGAUGUUAACGCUGUACCGGCGCGAGUAGAUGAACACGUAGACACUGCUAGUUCAGCUUCGUCGAAAUAUUCGGUGAAGAUAAAGGAGGGCGUGAGUGCAGGGCGGAAGGAUGAGGAAGGCAAACCGAAUGGUAAGAAUCUGGAAACUGAAAGUACUGCUGGGAACGGACCGCAGGAUCCGAAGAAUGCGAAUUCUUCCGACAAUUUUUCGGACGUCGUGAAGGAAACGCGAGAGCUCUCCCGGGAAGAUUCCUCGUCCGAAUCCGAUACCUGGCCGAGUCGCGUGAAAAGUUCCGAGAAAUCCGAGGAACUCCAGCGGGACUAUCCUUUACCGAUUUAUAAUUACGGCCAAGACGAGGUCGAGAUCGUGAAGCUGAACCACGGCGACGAAAUAGCUGGUACGACGACCAGGGCUAAGGAACGUGAUCGUUCGGUGUCGUUCGUGAACGAGCUCAAGACGAACAAUGUCCCCCGUCUGAUGCAUCAGACCGGUGAUCUGCGAGUGAUCACCAGGGAGGAGAGCGACGAGGAAUUUCUGCGAGAAUUCAGGAGGAAAUUCCACGAGAAAUCGACGGAAACGGAUUCCAUGCCUGAAAAGACCUAUGAUACUUCCAACAACGCGGAACGUCCCAUCUCGUCCAACUCCGCGACCGAGCCGUCAUCGCCACUCACACAGCAGGUGAAAAUCAUCGAGGUACCCGUCGAUCGACAUUCUCAAUCCCCAUCGACUUCAUCGUCAUCUUCAUCGUCGCAUCGGGUGCUUGUGAACAUCACGAUUGCUUCCGGGGACUCAGCUUCCGCAGCCUCGAAACCGCUUUACGUGCUGUCCGUCUCGGUGCCUACGAAUGGCGACGCUGACCGUCAGCCGUCCGGGAUGAACGUGGAACAGCUUCAGGUGCGCGAGCACCAGAAUCCCGUGGAAUCGGCUUCGAGCAUGGCUAAGGUCGCGAAUCCUGUGGAUAGGAACGAUAAUCGAUUGCCUCCGCCGCCGCAGCCACCUUCGUCGCCACCGCCUCCGAUCUGGGCUGGUGGCGAGUGCGAGUGCUCUUGCCCGUGCAUGGGCUCAUCCUCUGACGAGUGGGACAACUUUUCAGCGAUCGACGAGAACCUAAACUUCGACCAAGAGCAGCCGCAAAAUUCGAAUCUCUCGAUGGACGAGACGUACCAGCACAGGACACAGACGAUGCCCGAUACGGGGCAGGAUCAAAGUGGAAAAGAGUCCUCGGUGACUGUGGAGGAUGUGGUAAAGGGUGAGGGGACUACGAGCACCGAGCACGAUUAUCUCUCUACCACAGAGGAGAACAGCAGUACCGUUGACUGGACCACCUCGAAUUACGAGACAGAGUCGAGCAGCAUAGGCAUGUCAGGGUGUUCUGGGACCACCCCUUUACCCCCAGAACCCACUAUACUGAUCCUGGAAGGUGCAAGAACUUUCCCUGCCAGGUCUUUUCCACCUGACGGCACGACUUUCGCUCAAGUAGGCCUGGGACAGAAGCUCAGCAAGGAGAUACCACCGUAUAGCUAUUGGAACAUGCAAUUCUACCAGUCGGAAGCCGCGUACGUGCGGUUCGACUAUAAUAUCCCGCGUGGUGCCAGCAUUGGUGUCUAUGCGAGAAGAAACGCGCUUCCCACGCACACGCAGUACGAUCUCCUGGAAGUAUUGAGUGGUUUCAAGGCCAGAGCCACCAGGGCGUCCCAUGUUAGUGUUAUUCCAUCUAUCAAGAAGGAAGUGACGCACUACAUGGAGCCUGGUCAUUGGUUCCUUUCGUUGUACAACGACGACGGAGAUCCUCAGGAAGUGUCAUUUAUAGCCAUAAUCGCGGAAGACAUGACACACAAUUGUCCUAAUGGCUGUAGUGGAAAGGGCGAAUGCUUGCUAGGUCAUUGCCAGUGCAAUCCUGGUUUCGGCGGCGAAGAUUGCAGCGAGAGUGUUUGUCCUGUCCUUUGCAGUCAACGUGGCGAGUACAUAAACGGAGAGUGCCAAUGCAACCCCGGCUGGAAGGGCAAGGAGUGUUCCCUGCGACACGACGAAUGCGAAGUGCCUGAUUGUAACGGACAUGGCCAUUGCACCAAUGGAAAGUGCAAUUGCGUGCGUGGCUACAAAGGAAAGUAUUGCGAGGAAGUCGACUGUCCUCAUCCAACUUGCUCUGGUCACGGUUUCUGCGCGGAUGGCACCUGCAUCUGUAAGAAAGGAUGGAAAGGAGCAGAUUGCAGCCAGAUGGACAAAGAAGCAUUGCAAUGUCUGCCUGACUGCAGCGGACACGGCAACUUCGAUCUCGAGACACAGACAUGCCUGUGUGAACCCAUGUGGUCUGGCGACGACUGCUCAAAAGAACUAUGCGACUUGGAUUGCGGUCCCCAUGGGCAUUGUGUUGACAACGCUUGCGAGUGUCUGUCCGGAUGGUCCGGUGAAUUGUGCAAUUUGAAGCAAUGCGAUCCACGAUGCAACGAGCAUGGUCAAUGUAAGAACGGGACUUGCUUGUGCGUGACCGGUUGGAAUGGGAAACACUGUACUAUGGAAGGCUGCCCGAAUUCCUGUUCCGGACACGGACAGUGCAGAGUCAGCAACGAUGGACAGUGGGAAUGUAGGUGUUACGAUGGCUGGGAUGGCAAGGACUGCAACAUGCUUCUCGAGCAGAACUGCAAUGACGGAAGAGACAAUGACAAAGACGGUCUCAUCGAUUGCGCGGAUCCGGAAUGUUGCUCGAAUCAUAUAUGUCGUAGCAGCCAGCUUUGCGUGUCAGCACCGAAGCCGAUCGAUAUACUUCUGCGAAAGCAGCCGCCGGCCAUCACUGCCUCUUUCUUUGAGAGGAUGAAAUUUUUAAUCGACGAAGGCAGUCUGCAGAACUACGCGCGUCAGGAGACCUUCAACGAAAGCCGAUCGGCCGUUGUCCGUGGCCGUGUUGUCACGCAUCUUGGCACCGGUCUGAUGGGAGUGCGAGUCAGUACCAGCACACCCCUGGAAGGCUUCACCCUGACGAGAGACGACGGCUGGUUCGAUCUCCUAGUGAACGGUGGUGGCGCGGUCACUCUGCAGUUCGGCAGAUCGCCCUUCAAGCCGCAGAGCCACAUAGUUUUCGUGCCCUGGAACGAGGUUGUAAUAAUCGACAAAAUCGUGAUGAGCGCCGCGGAAGAGAAGCAGCCUAACCACAUCCCACACGCGUGCGCGGCUCACGAUUACGACCUGAUGAAGCCAGUGGUUCUGGCGACGUGGAAGCACGGCUUCCAGGGAGCGUGCCCCGACAAGAGCGCCAUUUUGGCAGAGUCCCAAGUCAUACAAGAAAGCCUGCAAAUACCUGGCACGGGGUUGAAUCUCGUUUACCAUAGCUCUAGAGCAGCCGGCUAUCUGUCCACUAUACAGCUGCAAUUGACUCCGGAAGUCAUACCACCGACUCUUAAUCUAAUUCAUCUAAGAAUUACGAUCGAAGGAAUAUUAUUCGAGAAGACGUUCGAGGCUGAUCCAGUAAUAAAAUUCACCUACUCGUGGAACCGAUUGAAUGUCUACAGACAACGAGUUUACGGUGUCACCACGGCUAUGGUGAAAGUGGGAUACGAGUAUAAUGACUGCAAGGAUAUCAUCUGGGACGUGCAGACAACGAAACUGAGCGGUCACGAUAUGUCCAUCUCUGAAGUUGGCGGUUGGAAUUUGGAUAUUCAUCAUAGGUACAAUUUCCACGAGGGUAUUCUGCAAAAAGGAGAUGGUUCGAAUAUCUAUUUGAAGCAAAAACCAAGGGUUAUUCUUACGACCAUGGGAGAUGGACUUCAGAGACCGUUAGACUGUUACGAUUGCGAUGGGCAAGCUUCCAAGCAACGACUUCUUGCGCCAGUAGCUCUUGCUACUUCUCCGGAUGGUUCCAUCUUUGUUGGCGAUUUCAAUCUCGUAAGGAAGAUCCUCGUGGAUGGCACUGUUAGGACUGUCGUUCGACUCAAUGCAACAAGAGUUUCAUACCGGUACCACAUAGCUCUCAGUCCACUGGAUGGUUCCCUUUACAUCUCCGAUCCAGAAUCUCAUCAAAUCAUCCGUGUUCGCGAUACCAAUGACUACUCUGAACCUGAUCACAACUGGGAAACGGUAGUUGGAUCCGGGGAAAGAUGUCUUCCGGGUGACGAAGCUCAUUGUGGUGAUGGUGCUCUCGCCAAAGAUGCCAAACUAGCCUAUCCUAAAGGGGUAGCUGUAUCUGCAGACAAUGUAUUGUAUUUCGCAGAUGGAACGAAUAUCAGAAUGGUCGAUAGAGAUGGUAUCAUCACCACUGUGAUCGGUAAUCACAUGCACAAGUCGCACUGGAAACCGAUUCCUUGCGAGGGUACCUUAAACGUGGAAGAAGUUCAUCUUCGUUGGCCUACAGAAUUAGCGAUCAAUCCUCUGGACAACUCGUUGCAUAUGAUCGACGACCACAUGGUGCUUCAAUUAGCUCCAGAUGGCCGUGUCAAGGUCGUUGCUGGUCGCCCACUUCACUGUGCAUCACCAUCCUCCUCGUUCGACACUGAACUCGCGACACACGCAACUCUAGUGAUGCCUCAGAGCAUUGCAUUCGGUCCUUCGGGAAAUCUGUAUAUCGCAGAGAGUGAUUCGCAGAGAAUUAAUCGCGUAAGAAUAAUUGGCACCGAUGGAAAGAUCUCGCCAUACGCUGGAGCAGAAUCCAAGUGCAACUGCCUGGAACGCGGUUGUGACUGUUUCGAAGCUGACCACUACCUAGCCUCUACCUCAAAGUUCAACACGAUAUCUGCGGUGGCUGUGUCCCCGGACGGCGUGGUUCAUAUCGGUGAUCAGGCAAAUUAUAGAAUUCGAUCCGUCAUGGCGAGCAUCCCUGAUGCCAGUGGCGCUAGGGAGUACGAGAUCUAUUCCCCGGAUACUCAAGAAAUUUACGUGUUCAACAGAUUCGGUCAGCACGUUGCCACUAAAAACAUCCUCACUGGCGAAACUGUCUAUCAAUUUACGUACAAUGUCAAUACCAGCAAUGGAAAACUUAGCACUGUGACGGAUGCAGCUGGUAAUAAAGUAUUCUUGUUAAGAGAUUACAGUAGCCAGGUGAACUCCAUUGAGAAUACCAAGGGACAGAAGUGUAGACUUAGAAUGUCUAGGAUGAAAAUGUUACACGAAUUGAGCACACCGGACAAUUACAACGUCACGUUUGAUUAUCAUGGACCGACUGGUUUGUUGAAAACGAAAUUGGAUAGCACUGGUAGGAGCUAUGUUUACAAUUACGACGAAUUCGGUAGGCUCACUACUGCAGUUACUCCAACAGGGAAGGUAAUCAGCCUGACCUUUGAUCUGAGUCUCAAGGGAGCAAUCGUGAAGGUGGGACAGAAUAAUAGGAAACCUAUUUCCAUGCUGAUCAAAGGAUCUUCCGUUAUCACCAAAGUCGGGGAAGCUGAACAGAGAACGACUGUGCUUCCUGAUGGCUCCGUAGGUCAGGUCACACCAUGGGCUCAUACAGUCGAUACUGACACCUUGCCAUACUCAGUGUUAGCUGAAAUCGAGCCACUGUUAGGCGAAAGCUAUCCAGUGCCGGCUAAACAGAGAACAGAAAUAGCUGGAGACCUAGCAAAUAGAUUCGAAUGGAGAUACUUCCUUAGGAAGCUUCAGGGUAAUAAAAAUAGAGGCAAUACAAAGUCUGUGGCGCAAGUUGGCAGGAAGCUUCGUGUCAAUGGGGAUAUUCUGUUGUCUCUCGAAUAUGAUAGAGAAACUAAUAGCGUGGCGGUAUUCAUGGAUGAUGUAGAGCUUCUAAACGUCACCUAUGAUAGAACAGCAAGACCGGUUAAGUGGGGACCGAGGAAUGGUAUCUUUUCUGGAGUAGAACUCGAAUAUGAUCGGUUUAGUAGAUUAACUAGCUGGACUUGGGGAGACAUCAGCGAAACGUAUGGAUUUGAUAGAGCUGGAAGGUUGUAUGAAAUCAAAUACAGUGAUGGCACGUCAAUGGUAUACGCGUUCAAAGAUAUGUUCAGUAGUCUUCCACUAAAAGUGACCACUCCAAGAGGAAGUGACUAUUUGCUGCAAUAUGAUGAGGCUGGAGCUUUACAAUCAUUGACUACUCCAAGAGGACAUAUUCAUGCUUUCUCAUUACAAACUUCUCUAGGUUUCUAUAAGUAUCAGUAUUACUCGCCUAUGAACAGACAUCCAUAUGAAAUUUUGUACAACGAUGAUGGACAGAUUUUGGCUAAGGUGUAUCCUCAUCAGAGUGGCAAAGUUGCCUACGUUUAUGAUCAUACUGGCAAAUUGGAAACUACACUUGCUGGACUGUCUUCGAUACACUACACGUAUCAAGAAACGACGAGCUUGGUCCACAGCAUCGACAUCAACGAACCCAACUUCGAGGUGCGCAUCGAAUACAAAUAUCACGCCGGAAUUGUCAAAGACGAGAAAAUCAAAUUCGGUAGCAAGAGUGGUUUGGAUAACGCACGUUAUCGUUAUCAAUACGAUGGCAACGCACGAAUAUCUGGUAUCGAAGUUGACAUCAACGGCAAACAGCUUCCUCAAUUACGACUGAAAUACAAUCAAAACCUUGGAAUACUAGAAGGCAUGGGAGAUCUUAGGAUAUACAGAAACCUGUUCAACAGAUCCGUCAUGCAAGACAGCAGCAAACAGUUUUUCACUGUCACAGACUAUGACGAACAUGGUCGAGUCAAGUCAGUUCUGAUAAACAUCCGAUCACUGGACGUGUUCCGUAUGGAACUCGAAUUCGAUAACCGAAAUCGCAUAAAAAUGAGGAAAUUGUCCAUUGGUAAGGACGCUAUGGAAAAGAAAGAAUGGACCAAGAUGGAGAAGAUAACGUACAAUGCUGAUGGACAUGUACUGGAAGUAGCAGAUACGGAGAAUAAUUGGCAGUAUGCGUACGAUGAAAAUGGUAACGUGAUCGGUGUUACGGAGCACAGCGAGAAGAUAGCUCUAGGUUAUGAUAGCGGGGACCGUGUCGUUCAGUAUGGAGAUGUUGAAUUUAAUUCUUACGAUGGUCGAGGUUUCGUUGUGAUUCGAGGAGAACACAAGUACAGGUACAAUUCACGCGGCCAGUUGAUCCACGCAUCGGAGCACAAGAAAUUCCAAAUAUGGUACUUCUACGACGAUCGUGGUAGAUUAGUGGCUUGGAACGACGACCGCGAGAACAUCACACAGUUCUUCUACGCGAAUCCGAAGACGCCUGAUCUAAUCUCGCACAUUCAUUUCCCGAAGUCCUCGAAGACUUUCCGGUUCCUCUACGACUCCCGCAACUUCCUCAUGACAGUGGAAACAUCUGAACAGAGGUUCUACGUGGCAACCGAUCAAAAUGGCUCUCCUCUGGCGCUGUUCGAUACUAAUGGAAAUCUGAUCAAGGAAACGAGACGUACACCAUUUGGAAAAAUCAUCAAAGACACCAAUCCAGACUUCUAUCUGCCUAUCGACUUCCACGGUGGUCUCCUAGAUCCAAAUACCAAACUAGUCUACUUGAACAAAAGAUUGUACGAUCCAACCGUUGGACAAUGGAUGACUCCAGCCUGGGAGGAAAUGGCGAACGAACUCACUACUCCAACAGACAUCUUCAUCUACCGUUUCCGCAACAACGAUCCCGUUAAUUUCAAACAGAACGUCGAAUACAUGACUGACUUAAACAGCUGGUUGAAACUCUAUGGCUACGACAUUUCCGCGAUGCUCGGCUCUGAAUACAUGAAACGAAUGGUAUACCAGCCCAGUGCCAUGGUCACCUCGCCGCAGCUGACGCCAGACUUCGGAGUCAUGUCCGGAUUACAGUGCAUCGUGAAUCGCGUACACGAGAAAUUCUCCGAUCUGGGAUUCGUUCCUAAACCAUUACUCAAGUUAGAACCAAAGACGAGGAAUCUUCUUCCUCGGGUAGCUCAUCGUCGCGCUGUCUUCGGAGAAGGUAUCCUAGUAUCCCGUGUCGGUGGACGAGCACUGGUCAGCGUGGUAGACGGUGUGAAUAGUGUCGUCCAGGACGUGGUAACAUCCGUGUUCAACAACUCGUACUUCCUGCCAUUACACUUCAGCGUGCACGACCAAGACGUCUUUUAUUUCGUGAAGGACAAUGCUCUGAAGAUUCGCGACGACAUGGAGGAACUGCGACGCCUGGGUGGCAUGUUCAACGUCUCCACCCAUGAAACCACCGAGCAUGGCGCUGGUACGUGGAAAGAGCUGAGAUUACACAAUCCUGACGCUGCUGUGGUGAUCAAAUACGGGGCUGAUCCCGAGCAGGAAAGGCACAGGAUAUUGAAACAUGCUCAUAAGAGAGCAGUGGAGAGGGCCUGGGAGAUAGAGAAGCAGCUUGUGAUGGCUGGCUUCCAGGGCAGAGGUGACUGGUCCAAAGAAGAAAAGGACGAACUGAUCAGUCGAGGUACGGUUAGUGGCUACGAAGGUGUGGAUAUUCACAGUGUGCACAGAUAUCCGCAGUUAGCCGACGAUCCUGGUAACGUAGCGUUCACCAGGGAUACAAAGAGGAAACGAAGGAAGAGCGGGAACAGACGCAAUAGGAUCCACAGGCACGACUCGUGAUUCGAGGAUGUGACGCGGGAUCGUAACACUAUUUGGGAUUUGAUUCACGGGCCCACGUGAAUCGCGCCGCGGACAAACGUACCGAAAGAACAAUGAAGAGAGACAAGACUAACGUUCGUUCCAUCGAGCCGAUUAUUACGAAAGGCUCGACGAGACUGCGUAUACGUGCCGUCUAUCCUCUAUCCUCUCCGAUCGUUCUCUCUGUUCUCUUCUCACCGCACUCGUGAUCAAAAUGGUGGGUAAAUAAAGGGAAGAAUGGCAAUGUGUCCUCUCGAUCAGCCGCGCGAAAAUUACGCGGUGCUGCUGUCCGUUCGUUUAUUUCGUGUGUAGCAAACCCCGCUCGGUGUGCCAUAAUAGCGUUGCUUGUGAUUCAAUCGUGUUCGUAAUCGUUUCUUUUGUCGACAGCACGAUCGAAGAUGUCCGUUCGGCGAUAUAGUGUACGUUCGAGUAAAAUAAAAUGCAAACGGGUCGUGGUGCGUCGAAUAUAAUUGAGCUAGUCACGAGUUCUCGUAAACAAAGGAAAAUUAAUGAACUGUAAAUGAAAAUGCUUGUUACGUGGUGAUUAGUUUGUACUCGUAAUCAAAGAAGAUGGUUACUCGCAGCCGACGACGUGCUGCAAGACGUUGAGGUAAUAGUGCAUGAACGUUCAAGGUGCCGUCCGUGAUAUGAAAUUUGAGGGUAAAGAACAAAAAGAAGACGAAGAAGAAGGAGAAGUGAAGAAGAAAAGGGGAAGAAUAGGGAAUAAAAGGGAAAGAUGGCGGACGAGUGCGUGAAAGAGAGAGGAGAGAAGUACUCUCGUGCUCGUUCAGAGUGAUCGAUCGAUCCGGAGCUUGGUGUAUUCAUGCAACAGGGUCUAAUGAGACGUGCACGUAGGCACGAACGGGACGCUUCGAGGCGACGUAUCCGGGGCGUUAUCGUUCUUAUAGAAGGGAUUAUAUUUAUGCAAACGAUGAUACUUUUCGCGAGGCGUCUAUAGAUCGCCUAUAGAUCGCUGCGGAACGCGCGAACGAACGAAAAGGAAAGAAAAAUGCAAAAGAAAGAAAAAAUGAAAGAUACGUCGACAACAAAUAUACAGCAGAUAUUUUUAACAUGACGUGUGCUAGUGCGUGGCGUGCGAUUGUAAAUAUAGCUACCCGAUUAAUCGUAACGUGUAGAUAAUAUAUAAAGAAAAAAAGAUAUAUAUAUAUAUGUAUAAAUAUAUAUGUACAUGUAUAUUUAUAUGUAUAUAUACAUUCGACAAGAGAACCGGUAAACUUAAGUGGAAACUGUCGAUAAUGCUUUUAUAUAUGUAUACAUGUACACACGUACACGGCUCGCGUAAUGAACGUGCACGUGUGUACCGAACACGCGACACAUGCAUACAGAAUAUACACACAACAUAUACGAACAACACGCGAGACACCUACACUCUGUACUGUACGUAGGAAAAGGUAUAUGAAUUGAUCGGGAAAUGCAUUUUCGAGAAAACUCGAGGUGCGAGGAUUUUUCUUGAAGGAAGAACAAAGUAUCGGUAUUCGAGAUCGGAUUAAUUUGGACUCAGGUUUACGCGACAAAAAUGAAAAAUGAAAUAAUAAUGAAAAAAAAAAAGAAAAAAAAGAAAAAAAAAAGGAAGAACGCGUACUCUCGUUUGCCUGUUGAAAAAGGGAUAUCCGCUUAAAAGUAUCGAAAAAGGAGAGAAAAAGGAAGAAGUACGAAGCCACGUCCGAUCGUUCGGGCCGAGGCAACGAGAUUGCAACGAUCGAAUACGAUAUGUAAGAAAAUGAAAGGGAAAAACAGAAACGUGUAAAUAGAUUUGACAGAUAUGGAAACGUUUGCGUGUCGUACUACAGCUAUAAUAAUCCGGCGUGGAAUUCGUAACGUUGUAUUUUAUGCCUCAUGUCAGUACUUCGCGUGAUCUGGUAACAGUGACGAUAUGAUGUAACGAGACGAGCAAUAGACGAGCAAGAUAUUGUGACGAGAUACGUCAAGGUAAUAAUGUC